GUCCUUUAGUCUCUUUUCUUAUACUAAACUACAUUAUUUUUUACAGUAGGUGUAUAUCUGCAUGUGGCAAUUGCAAUCACAUUUUAGGGCAUGAACAAGUUUGGCAUGGAUUCAUUGAUAUUGUCUUCUCUCCACAUCUGGGAAUUCCUGCUAUAGCAAGCACUGUGUUGGAUAGGGAAGAAAAGAUUUCCAAAAAAAGAAAAGUUGAAUGUGAACAAGAUGAAACACAGAACGAUGAUUCUUCAGGUCAGAGGUCAACAGAGGUCAAGCAGCAUUCACUGUCACAAGCAAUAGCACAAACAAUUGUGUAUUCUCUAGUUGAAAAGCAAAAACACCCAAAUUUUUUACAUCACAUGAUACCAAAUAUUGUUAUUUCCCCGGAAAAGGUGGAAAUUCUGAUGUAUGAUGCAGAUAGUGAUGUUUUACUUUGCAGCAAUCCAAUUCUAUUAUUCAAUUUAGAUCUUCCAGAAGAGAGAACCCUUAUUGAUGAGACUGUUAUUAUUCUGUGGAUGGUUUUACAUUACAGAAUAUUUUGCACUGGAUUCAAUAAGGCAAAACCUUAUGUACUUGAAAGAUGUAAAUCAAAUUUUAGACAACUUGUUGCAAGUAAGUGGGAUAUCUAUUCAAAAUCCUUGAAGAGCUUUGUUUCUGGUUUCCCUUCUGUAGAAAAAUGGCCGAUAAGUAAGUUAGUUCAGUGUGGUUUAACACUUGAAUUUGAGUCGGAUGACUUUUAAAAUGCCAAUUUUACAAAAUGAAGGCUUAUCAAUUCCAGUCAUAAAGUAAUGUUUGUAAAAAAAUUUUAAUGAUGUGUACCUGUUAUAGAAUUAAAGUUUUCUUAUAUCAA